AUGGCUGAGCCUAUUGCCGUCAUUGGCCUGGAUGCCAAGCUUCCAUGCGAUGGAGACAGCGUCGAGAAGUUCUUUGAUUUUUUGAUUGCCGGAAGAUCUGCGCGAGCUCCUGUUCCUGCAGAUCGCUACAACGCGGAAGCAUUCUGGCACCCCGAUAAUCACAGAGAUGGAGUUAUCGGCGGAAAAGAAGGGCAUUUCAUGCAAGCCAACGUGAAGGCGUUUGAUGCACCAUUCUUCGCCAUGACUCCAGCAGAGGCUGCGAAUCUGGACCCGCAGCAGCGAAUGCUGCUUGAAUGCGUCUUCACAGCGAUGGAAAACGCUGGGUACACCAUGUCUGACAUGCAGGGCUCGCCCACUGGCGUCUAUGCGGGAGCGUUCAUGUGGGACUACCGAGAUCUCUUGAUCAAGGACGUGGACACUCCCAUGACAUACACGGCGUGUGGCACCAUUGCCAGUACCCUAGCUGGGCGUGUUUCAUGGUUCUAUGAUCUCCGAGGUCCAGCCCUGAGUGUUGACACUGCUUGUUCGAGCAGCAUGGUUGCCCUUCAUCAAGCUGUCAUUGGCUUGAAAUCACGCGACUGUAACAUCGCCAUUGCCUGUGGCACAAAUGUGUUGCUUUCCCCUGAGAUGGGCUUGGAGCUGAAUGGUCUUGGUGUUCUGGACCCAUCUAGUACAUCUUACAGUUUUGACAGCAGGGCAAACGGAUACGGGAGAGGUGAAGGCAUCGCAGCUGUCGUCCUGAAAAGGAUGUCCGAUGCUCUACGGGACGGAGACACAAUUCGCGCCGUUAUUCGCAAUACCGGGUGCAACCAUGAUGGACACUCUCCUGGUCUUACAGCACCUGCCAAGGAGGCCCAGGCUGAGAUCAUGCGAUUGACUUAUGAGCAAGCCAAGCUUGACCCCUCAGACACACGCUUCUUUGAGGCUCAUGGAACGGGUACGAAUGUUGGCGAUCCAACAGAGGCUGCUGCCAUUAGUGAGAUGUUCACGCGGUAUCGAUCGGCGAAAGAGCCUCUGUACAUCGGCGCCCUGAAGAGCAACAUUGGCCAUACUGAAGGCAACUCGGGCAUUGCGUCUUUCAUCAAAGGCGUCUUGUGCGUGGAGAGAGGUAUCAUUCCAGCGAACGCAUGGUUUCAGGAAAGAAACCACAAGAUCCCGGUCGAAUGGCAUCUUGAGUUUCCAACUACCUCGAUUCCCUGGCCCAAGACCAAGAGAGGCGUUCGCAGAGUCUCGAUCAACUCUUUUGGAGUUUCGGGCACCAAUGCCCACGUUGUGCUGGAAGAUGCGCUUCAUUUCCUAAGGGAGCAUGGACACGCCGCACCCCACCGUACUAUUGAGGUACCCCGGCUGCCAAUGACAACUCCAAGCCAAGCACCUCCGGUCAUCAAUGGAACUCUAUACCAUCCCCAGCUGUUUGUCUUUAGCAGCCAUGAUCACGAUGGUAUCGCCCGACUCUCCGCUGCCUACAAGGAUUAUCUGCCGAACAUGACGGAGCCUCUCUACAAUCUCAGCUACACUCUAGCGGCGAAGAGGUCUACCUUCAACUGGCGCACCGCAGUUGUCGCCAACUCUUCCGUGGAACUGAAACAUGCGCUAUCUCAGGGCCUACGAGCAACUCGCGUUGUUUCCCAGCCCGGCGUCGCUCUCGUGUUCACCGGUCAGGGAGCGCAGUGGGCCCAGAUGGGCAACGGUCUCAUGUCCUAUGAGCCUUAUAGAACGAGUCUUGAGUGCGCCGAUGCAUAUAUGAAGACCUUGGGAUGUCAGUGGUCUGUCAUCGACGAGCUUUCUAAGAUUUCCAACAUGUCUCUCAUCAGCGGCGCCGAGUAUUCGCAGACUUUGUGCACGGCUCUGCAGGUUGCUUUGGUUGAGCUUCUCCGCGAUUGGGGACUCAGAGUUGAUGCUGUUGUCGGCCACUCCUCGGGCGAGAUCGCGGCCGCGUACUGUGCGGGUGCUAUCUCUAAGGAGUGUGCUUGGCGUAUCGCGUAUUGGAGGGGAAAACUCUCUGCUAGAUUGGCAAACUCUCCAACGCAACCAAAGGGCACGAUGGCUGCAGUCGGAUUGACUCUGGACAAGACCUUGGAGGCUAUUGACCGACUCAACCAGUCCGGGCUCGAAUCUGCCGGAACGCUUACCGUCGCUUGCAUGAACAGUAAUACUAGCCACACUGUGAGUGGUAGUGUUGCAGAGGUUGAGGCACUCAUCGACAAGCUCAACGAGGACAAGAUCUUUGCGCGGAAGCUUGCAGUAGAAAUGGCAUACCAUUCGAGAUUCCUGGAACCCAUUUCGCAAGAGUACGUCGAGUGUAUCGGAAGGAUCCGGCCUCCGAGUUCCCGCGCGAACCAUUCUUCCGACGUGCUUUUCUUCUCGUCAGCAUACGGGAUACAGAUACAACAUGCUAAGUUGCAAGACGCGAACUACUGGACCAAAAAUCUAACCUCCCCGGUGCGGUUCAAUGAAUCCGUGACGACCAUGCUUCAAGCUCUUAACAGUCUCAAGGGCGAUGGUGGUUCAUCCCAGCUCAUUACAGACAUUGUUGAAGUUGGUCCUCAUUGCGCUUUGCGGGGCCCUCUCCGAAAUAUUAUCCAAGAUGUAAGGGUCAACAGUAGUGUGAAGUACCACCACCUGCUCAAACGGGGCGACUCUGACUUGGAGGUUCUCAUGGGAGCAAUUGGAUCGUUGUUCUCUCGCGGCAUUCAAAUUGACUUGCUCAAGGUCAACCACACCCUCAGUGCCCAGCCGUCAAUGAUGAUUGACCUCCCUCGGUACCCUUUCAAUCACACGCGAGAGUAUUGGAACGAAUGCCGACUAAGCAGAAAUUUCCGCUUCCGGCCGUACCCACGACACGAGCUACUUGGAGCGCCAGUCAACGAUUGGGAUGGAAAGCAUGAUGCCAUCUGGCGCAACUGGAUCCGUCUGUCUGAGAAUCCAUGGGUGGAACACCACACCAUCUCGGGAUCUGUGCUGUAUCCUGCUGCCGGUAUGCUUGUUAUGGCCAUCGAGGGCUGCAAGCAACUGUCGGAGCGUUCGAACCCAGGAAAGCCGAUAAAAGGCAUCCGGUUCCGCGAAGUCUCUUUCCAUUCGGCCUUGCAAGUUCCAGAGGGUGCUUUGGGCGUCGAGUCCCACCUCUAUCUUCGCCCUGUUAAGCAAGCUGCCAUGGAGACCAAGCCUUCAGCGUGGCGCGAGUUCCAGGUCUGCACAGCCCAGGACGAUGACGAAUGGCGGGAGCAUUGCUGCGGUCAAGUUCUCGUGGAAUACGACGAGGCGGCUACGGCUGUUGAUGGCGGUCUCGAAGAGCGUGCUUUUAAGGCUCAUUGCGAAGCCAGGAUUGACCGGAGUCUGCGUAACUUCACGCGGCACGUUUCGUCCGAAAAUAUUUAUAAGUCUUGGGAGAAUGUCGGCUUGGUCUUCGGCCCAACCUUCCAGACCCUUGAGCACGCCAUUGUUGACCAUGAAGCCGGCGUCACCCUGGCCAGAGUCAAACCUACGACACCUCUCCUGAAGGCUCUGACACCUUGCGGCUACUUGCAACCGCACUUGAUUCACCCUACGACGUUGGAUGGUGCGCUUCAAGCAUGCCUGGUGCCACUCGUUUCCAACCCUUCCCAUAAGCAAAAAAACGCCAUUGUCUUGUCUUUCAUGGAAGAACUUUGGGUUUCUACUGCGGAGCACUCGGAAGAUGGCUAUCUCGUUAUUGCGGACUCUGUAGCCCACGGCCGCAAGAAACAUCACAUGUCCUGCACCGCUGUCGAUUCCGUUUCAAAAACGCCCAUGAUUCGAGUUUCGGGAUGUAUUGUGACAGAGAUUGACGGAAACAAUGACGACUCGAUUUCAGAGCAGGACCCUAGACACAGAGCAUGGAGCAUCGAUUGGGCUCUGGAUCCCGAGUUCCUCGAUACAGAACAGACAGAGAGAGCUUUUUCGGGGCCUGGAGGGUUCCAGAAGUAUCUCAGUGUCCUGGCUCACAAGAAUCCUUCGAUGAAGUUCCUCGACAUUAACAAACAAGCUUCUUCUUUCACGGGAGAUAUUCUGUCCACGUUGUCUCGGCGUUGCGCGCAGUAUGACUUUGCCGCAACUUCGUCUUCCUUGGUGGAUGAAUCAAAGAAGCCCAUUUCGGAAGAUUAUGUGCGAUAUAAGACUUUUGAUAUCACGGAGGAUCCAACUUCCCAGGGCUUCGAUUUGGCGUCAUAUGAUCUUUUACUUGUACCGGUGUCUUUGAUACCCAAUACGCUCAUCGAUGGGUUCUUAAACAUGUGCCUCAGUCUCGUGAGACCUGGUGGUAAGUUCAUCUUGACGGCGGCGAGCAGUCCGAUCGUGGCAAGGAGCUGGGGCGAGUAUCUUGGCGAGACCGGGCUUGCUAGCAUCGACGCGGUGCUUUGUGAUCAGGGUUCAUCAGUCUUGGUGACGACCACCCUAGUAGCGAGCACCCCGUCGUCUCAUGGAACUGAUAUUGAACCGCCAUCUGGAAGCUACUAUAUCGUAGGAGAUCUCUCUUCGCCAGUCCAGCGCGACGUGGCUGAGGAGCUGGCAUCCUCUUUGCAGUCAAAGGGCUUGUCGGUCAAGACCGCUACGAUCCCACAAUACGCUCAGCUCACAGAAGCAGCGUCUAAGGAAGAGAUCUCUCAGAGCACCUGUAUCGUACUUACGGAACUGGACACGCGUCUACUUGUUUCAGUCAACAACGAGAUCCUGAGGGCUAUGAAAGUCAUGAUUACUGGAAAGCGCCUGCUCUGGGUCAACAAAGAGUUCUCUCCAGACACCGCCCUCGUCAACGGCUUUGCUGCGAGUAUCCGAUUGGAGAAACCCGAACUUCAGUUUGUCACUCUCACCUUCGAUCCACAAGAGAGCAACGGCGUCAUCUCAGACAGGAUCGCCAUAGUAGACGCACACCUUUCGAGCAGCAAGGGUUCUGUGGAAACCAUGUACAGGGUUGCCGAUGGCCUGGUCACUGUUCCACGCCUCGUCGAGGUCUCCACAAUCACUAGGCACAUCAAGCAGGCUUUUGCUGGCGACACAUCUGAGGUUGCUUUUGGCGCGAAUCCGAGUCGACCACUACGACUUCAGGUCCAAACCGUUGGUCUAUUGAGUUCGCUCCAUUUCGCCAACGACCACCUGCACACUACUCCCCUAGACAACCUCGAGGUCGAAUUUCAGACUAUGGCUACUGCCGUCAACUUCAAGGACUUGGCCGUCAUGCUCGGAAAGAUCCAAGAGACACCUGUGGGUCUCGAGGCCGCGGGAAUCGUCACCCGAGUCGGCUCGGGAGUAACGCGCUUCAAGCCUGGCGAUCGUGUGUUUGGCUUCACUUUCAACGGUGCAUAUUCUACGUACGGCAGAGGUGCUGAGGGCACUCUGGCCAAGGUACCCGAAGACCAUUCCUUUGCCGAAGCCGCGGUCAUUCCCAUUUUGUACACAACGGCAUAUGCCUGUCUCUACGACAUUGGAGAAGUAGAGAAGCGGGUGAGACGCGUCCAGAAGCCUAGCUUGCUGGUUCAUGCGGCGGCUGGCGGUGUUGGUCAAGCUGCCAUUCAGAUGGCUAAACGUGAGGGUGUUGAGAUCUUUGCAACAGUUGGCAGCAUCGCGAAGCGAGACUUUCUCGAGGAGACAUAUCAGAUACCUCGAGAUCACAUCUUCUCGAGCCGUGAUCUGACCUUCAAGGAUGGCAUUCAGAGAUUGACUGGAGGCCGGGGAGUCGACAUUGUCAUCAACAGUCUUUCCGGUGACACGCUUCGUGCCACCUGGGAGAUUGUUGCGCCGUUUGGAUGCUUUGCCGAGAUUGGUCUGGCCGAUAUUGAGUCCAGAUCUCGUAUCUCUAUGGGUACCUUUGCCCGAGGCGUGAGGUUUGAGUCCCUUGAGUUGAAUUACAUGCGACAAACGGACCCGGAACGACUAGAUGGGCUCUUUGCACGCGCCAUGGACAGUGUCGUUGGCCGCAAUCUCGAGCGUCCCACACCAAUCACGAAAUAUCCCAUUUCCAAGAUCCAAGAUGCCAUGCGGUUGAUGCAGUCUGGCAAGCACAUUGGAAAGAUUCUCAUUGAGUUCCACUCUGAGGACCUGGUCCGAGUGGUUGAGCCACGGAGACCCCGUGCCAAGUUCGCGUCGGAUGCUACCUACAUUGUCUCUGGCGGCUUUGGUGGUCUUGGCCUGGAAAUUAUCCGUUGGAUGGUUAGCCAGGGCGCGCGCAAUCUUGUCAUUACUUCACGAAAGGGGCCCGACGACGAAGCUGCCAAGGAUCUCAUCAGAAGUCUCCAAAGCGAUGGCAUCAAGGUUGUUGCUCCUUGUUGUGAUAUUACCGAUAAGAAGGAACUUGAGCAGGCCAUCACUUCGGCGCUAUCUUAUCUGCCGCCAGUGCGUGGAUGCAUCCAGGCUUCUACGGUUCUCAGUGACAACGUCUUCGCUGAAAUGACCCUCGAGGAGUGGAAUGCAGCAGUCAACGUCAAGGUAGCGGGAAGUAGGAACUUGUGGGAAGUCCUCAUUGCCACUAAAAACGACGAUUCAACACUCGACUUCUUCGUCAUGUUGUCGUCUCUCACCAGCGUCACCGGCAACAACGGCCAAGCGAAUUAUAGCGCGGGCAACUCGUACCAAGACGCCAUGGCGCGCUUCUUGUCAUCUCAAGGCCACAACGUAAUCGCCCUCGACGCCCCAGUGUUGACCGAUGCUGGUAUGGUCGCUGCGAGACCAAUGUUGAGGGAGUAUCUUCUUUCGAUCGGCUGGGCUAGCAUGUCUGUGGAAGAGCUUGUCAAUGCGCUGGAUUAUCACUGUCGCCCCAGGUCCGAGAGCGCAGAGCUCAAGGUAAAGGGUGCUCAAGUCAUUCCCAGGCUCUGGUUGCCCAAAUACUCGGCGGAUGAGGGCGCUGAACAGCCUAAAUGGCAGCAUGAGCCGAUGUAUAACCACUUAGUUCUUCACGGCGCUCACAAUGGCGGUUCCAUGCCCGGCAAGCAAAGCUCUGCUAAGCGCUCAGUUGGCGAUCUCAUCGCUGCCGCCGAGUCCCUGGAAGAUGCUGAGGAAGCCGUGCUUGAUGCUUUGCUGGGACAAUUGGCCAAGAUUCUCAGUUACGAGCUGGCAGAUCUUGAUCCCUCAAAGCCCUUGAAUUCGUAUGGUGUAGAUUCUUUAGUGGCUGUAGAACUUCGAGUAUGGAUGACCAAGGAGGUUGGCGCGGACAUUUCAGUCUUUGACAUUACUGGCGGGCAGGGCAUCAAACAGCUUGCCGGAAAGGCCGCAGCUACUUCGAGGUUUCGGCACAAUGCUACUGGGAAGUAA